AUGAACUCGGCUCUGCAGGAACAACACGUCAGCCAGGGGUGGCGUUACGAUGAACCACUCGUUAACAACGCUUUCCUUGAGAUUGCCUUUGCGGACAGCUCCAGGAGAUGUCUCAAUAUUGCAUGGCCCAAAGAUUACACAUUUCAGUUGGUCAACCCGCCUACCGGUUCCAACACGCCAUCCGUUGCAGUCAACACUGACCUGGCCAAGCUGGCUAAGAGAUACAAUAUCUGCAUCAACAAGCUGCACAGGUUCAUGCGCUUUCCGCCUGUCCGAGCCGUGAUCCGCACCCUUCUCAUCGAGCUGGAGCGUGCUGAAGCACAGCCCGGUCCUCUGCUGGACGAAGACGGCAUCACUAACAGCGUGAACGAGAUGAUACUCAACACGAGAGCGGACUUCGCCGACCGGGCCCUAGUAGUAUGCCUCAUCAAAUUGUACUCCCACUUCGAGAGCCGGGCCUGCUGGGAUUUUGGCUUCUGUGACACCCGAUCCGUAGCAAAGGUCCUCGUGGCCGUCGUCGGGCUCUUCUGCAUCGCCUGGGUCCACGCCCCGAGCAUCGACGAGUCCUGGAAUCGCCUCAGCACACCCUCCCCGCCCCCUUUCGUCUCCCACGGACCCAUCGACGCCGUAGAGUCUCCCCUUUAUCAAGACCUCACCCCCGAGGCCUGGUUUGAAUGGUCUUUGCUCUAUGACCCAUGGAUCAGAAGGACUAACGCGGCCCAGGUACUACGUCCCGACGAAGGGGAAGACAACAAUGCCACCGUCCCGACCCUCAUCGCGGAGGUGUCGCAGCCCGAGCCGGAGAAGCAAGGCCGCGUCGUCGUGAAGUACAGCAAAAAACCCAACGAGGAACGAUGGGCAUUCAGGGCCAUACUCGAUUCGAGAUGGGCCGGGAAGACGCCGCGGACGGGACUGGAAUAUCUCGUCGACUGGGAGUACGCGGAGCCGACCUGGCAGCCGGCGCGGGAUUUGUCAGGCUGCGAUCAGAAAUGA